UGGCGGGCGAGGGACUCUGCUUCCCGUGGUGCCCCGCGCGAGGCGUCUCCUGUCCGUUGGCGCGCGGGGCCGCCAUUUUGUGCGCCUCCUCCUCCUCCUCCGCUUUCAGCGCCGCGAGGAUUGAAUGAGAAUCCGCCAUGGCCGCCGCCUCGCUCUCGGGCUCGGCGCCGUCCACUCCCCGCGCCGCCAGUGGCGGCCCUUCCGCUCCGUCGACGCCGCUGUCCCCGACGCGCCUCUCGCGGCUGCAGGAGAAGGAGGAGCUGCGGCAGCUGAACGACCGCCUGGCCCACUACAUCGAGCGCGUGCGGGCGCUGGAGCUGGAGAACGACCGCCUCCUCCUCCGCGUCUCCGAGAAGGAAGAGGUCGUCGUCAGGGAGGUGACUGGCAUCAAGGCCCUCUACGAGUCGGAGCUGUCGGACGCCCGGAGGGUCCUGGACGAAACGGCCAGAGAGCGGGCCAAGCUCCAGAUUGAGAUCGGGAAGCUGCGCGCGGAGCUCGAGGAGCUCAGCAAGAGCUACAAGAAAAAAGAUGGCGAGUGGUCCACAUCUCAGGGCCGUAUCAAGGAGCUGGAAGUCCUCUUCCACCGAAGUGAAGUGGAGCUCACCACCACCCUGACCGAGAAGCGCAACCUGGAGGCUGAGGUGGCCGACCUGCGAGCCCAGCUGGCCAAGUCGGAAGAUGCCCACAAUGUGGCCAAGAAGCAGCUGGAGAAGGAGACCCUCCUGAGGGUGGACCUAGAGAAUCGCUGCCAGAGCUUGCAGGAGGAGCUUGACUUCAGGAAGAGCAUCUUUGAAGAGGAGGUGAGGGAGACACGGAAGUGGCACGAGCGCCAGCUGGUGGAGGUGGACAGCAGCCGACGGACAGAGUACGAGUCCAAAAUCAGCCAGGCCCUGCUGGACCUGCGCAGCCAGCAUGAGGAGCAGAUCCAGCUCUACAAGCAGGAGCUGGAGCAGACCUACCAGGCCAAGUUGGAGAAUGCAAAGCUCUGUUCUGACCAAAACGACAAAGCUGCAAGUGCUGCUCGGGAGGAGCUGAAGGAGGCCCGCGUGAGGAUUGAGUCACUCAGCUACCAGCUCUCUGGGCUGCAAAAGCAGGCAAAUGCUGCAGAAGAACGGAUCCGGGAGCUGGAGGAGCUGAUGGCUGGUGAGCGAGAGAAAUUCCGAAAGAUGCUGGAUGCCAAGGAAAAGGAGAUGACUGAGAUGCGAGAUCAGAUGCAGCAGCAGCUGAUGGAGUACCAGGAGCUGCUGGAUGUCAAGCUGGCUCUCGACAUGGAGAUCAGCGCUUACCGGAAGCUCCUGGAAGGGGAAGAGGAGAGGCUGAAGCUGUCUCCCAGCCCUCCGUCCCGCAUCACAGUCUCCCGGGCCACCUCCUCCAGCAGCGCCUCAGCCACUCGCUCAUCCCGGGGGAAGCGGAAGCGCCUGGAGGCCGAGGAGCUCUCUGGCAGCCUCUCCAGUGGGAUUGGCACCGGGAGCAGCGGCAGCAGCAUUGCCAGCAGCAGCAUUGCCAGCAGCAGUCUCGUCCACAUGAGUCAGCAGGCCUCGGCCAAGGGCAGCGUGAGCAUCGAGGACAUAGACCCCGAAGGGAAGUAUGUCCAGCUGAAGAACCACUCAGACAAGGACCAGUCUCUUGGGAACUGGAGGCUGAAGAGGAAGACUGGAGAGGAGGAGGAGAUUGCCUACAAAUUUACCCCCAAGUAUGUCCUCCGGGCUGGACAGACAGUCACAAUCUGGGCUGCUGAUGCCGGUGUGGCGCACAGUCCACCGUCGGUCCUGGUGUGGAAAAACCAGAGCACUUGGGGCACUGGAACCAACAUCCGAACGUACCUGGUGAACUCGGAUGGAGAGGAAGUUGCAGUCAGAACCCUGACCCAGUCCACUGGGCCGCAGGUAAAUGAGGAAGAAGAGGAGGCAGAGUUUGGUGAGGAAGACCUCUUCCAUCAGCAGGGGGAUCCCAGGACCACGUCCAGAGGGUGUUCCGUCAUGUGAAAGGAGGAGGGCUCCCAGCCACACUUCUCCUUCCGCUCUUCUUGCUCUUUCUUUUUUUCUAGGUUUUAUUUUGCCCAGAGCCAAUGAAAACUAUUUUUAUAAAUCUCAUAUGAUUUCUUUGUCACCCUUUCUCUUCUGAUUUUUUAAAGUGGAACUCUGUCCUCAGAACAGCUAGAACUGCCUCUGCUUCCCAAGGGUUUGGCUCCCCCCCCCCAACUUCCUCCUUGGGGGUCGUGACUCGUUUCCAGAGCCAGAAGGGUGCUGAAGGGGUGCUUUUGACCUUCCCAAACAGGAGGCCUGGUGGGACUGUCUGUGUUCCCACCAAGGUCUUUGGUUUCACACAUCUGGACCUUGCCCAAGAGGACACUAAAAGUCAUAGGAUCAUAGAGUUGGAAGGGCCUCGGAGGUUAUCGACCCCAACCUCCCCACCUCAGACAUGCAGGAAAUCCCCUGCUGUCCUGCUCCUAACCCCAGAGCCACCAGCCUUUGUCUAAAAGCCUCCAAUCUUUGGAGGCUGCCUGGAGCAGAGACAGAACGCCGUAAAGAGCCUGAGAGCGCACUGGUGAGAGGCCCAGCUGCUUCUGCUCUGUGCAAAGCCAUCAGCAUGAGUUUUUUCCACAACAGGAGACUUCAUGCGCUAAUUUGGUUAACUGAAUGAAGGUAUUGGAAAUAUCCCAGAGAUGGACUGGUGUGAGCAACUGAGACGCUUUUGGCCUUUCAACUUCCUGGACUUUGGCUCUAAAAAGACCCCAGAGUUGGAGGAAACACCUGCGGCGGAGACCCCUGCUGCGCGGAUUUAGGCCCAGCUGAGGUGCUCCUACUGGAAAUGCAUUUUCAGACUCAGAUUUCAGAUUUUGUGGUCGCUUUUGUGGUUGAGGUUCAGAUGAGGCUCCUCUGGAAGAAAAGCUCGAUGUCUUAAGCUGUGCACAGAACUCCUGUAAAAACCAGACUAGCCCUUGGUUGCCAAGCCAGGAGAUGCCUGGGUCCAAACUGACUGCAGGAGAAACAUUUGGGAAAAGGCAAAACAGUUGGCGGAAGAUCCCUCUUGCAGGGACACCUCUCACUUUCUGUGGCAAAGGAAUGAAUUCAAAGGCGCUAGGAGGCCGCACACAUUGCAAGACCCUAUGGUCUGUUUGUUGCCCAUGCCAAAUUAAUAAUGUAAAUGUGUUCUAGAUUUUAAGAGGACAAUUUGGAUUGAGCCCCUUGUGCAGAAGCCCCCAGAAAGAGGGUCACUGUGUCGUCUUUCCUCCCUCCCCAGUUUCUUCCUAAGGUCACUAGAUGCCAGAACACUUGUGGAUCCUGCUUAAGUUGUUCUUCAGAGCUGCCUUGAUCACAAAGGCUGCCUUGCCUGUCUCUGUGAAAACAGCUGCUCCCAAGGGUUUUGGGGUGGGGGGGUGUUAUUCCAAGAAGGGUCUCCCAUUCCCCACACUCCUGUGAAGAUGGAAACUGUGAAUGUUCCCUUGUGUGCAGAUGUACUACUGGAAUAAGGGGCCUGAGCCCUUCGCCAAAAGGUUAGAGAAUUCUGGGAACGGUCCCCUUUGCGGAAGCUGAGCCAGGGCUCAAGGUCCCCAGGGGUCUUUGCAGGAGCCCUUUUCCCUUCCCUCACUGGGCCUGGCUGCAGAGUUUCUUGGGUGGGCUAAUGGCCACAUUUUUGACUCUGAAAGUGCCAGAGAGUGAGGCCAAGAUGGGCCUGCAGGCAAAAUGGGUGGGUGGACUUGUCUGCAGACCUCCCCUCCUGGCCUGGCCAGAGGCUUCUCCACAGUUCUCCCUCCUUUGCUGCGGACAGGAGGUUUUUGUCUUGGUCGCCUGCCCUUCUCAUGCUGGGUUCCCCCAAACUGCCAGGGCAGCCCCCAGAGCAGAAGGUGGGGUUCAGGGCAGAGGUUUUGUUGGGUCCUGAGGGGCAGAAUCUCCUUUGCUCUUGAAAUAUGACCUAGCUUUAUGCUUGGAACUGUAUUUCAAAUGUCUAAUCCUGUAUUUACCUGUGAUUAUUGAGAAGUGUUAAUGUCACUUUGAAGUGCUAGAGUUUAGAGAACACAUUUGUGAGAGAAGAGAGUCUGGUCGAGGGCACAUGGGACACCCCUCUCUUGCCACGCAGUGGUGGGGCCUUGCGAGCAUUUUAACUGCCACAAAGAUGCUGCCACAAGAAGGCAUCAGACCAGCCACAUUGGGCAGCCCCUGCUCAAAAGAAGUGACCAUGGACUCAGUCCUUGUGGUCAGAUGCCCCCCUCUCCUCCCUUCCUGAGUGACACUACGUUUGCAAGCAAUAAGCACUGCCUGGGACACGAAAGUGAGGGGCUGAGCUUUGCCUUUUUACCAAACCAUUUCUUUAGUAGAACUCUAUUUUUGUAGCAGUGAGUUUUAGACUCCUUCUGUUUCUGAAAGGAGGGCAGCUACCUUUUCAAGGCAGGCGUCCUAGACUCCCCAUUUCAAGGUCUUCUGGCUUUAUGGUGAAUAUGCAUGCCAAAUGUCUUUUUCAAUUAUUUGUAAUAUACUCUCUAUGUGUUUUUUUUUUGGACUGGAAACUUUUUGUACAACACUCCAAUAAAUGUUUUGCAUUUU